AUGGCCAUAACCCUUCAUUAUAGCCAGCGCCGAGCUCAGGCUUUAUCUAGAGCUGACCAAUCCUUGGACGUGCUACGACUCUUUUCGCUUCUCCCCACCACUUUCUUUUCCUCUUUUUUCGCAGCGCGACUGGGCUUCCUAUUCACCAUGUCAGGCGUGGUAUACAGUAUACCCGCGACUGCUUUUUCGACUUUCUGGAAUGGGGCAGCAGCAGAAAUUGUUUGCACUUUUACCGAGAUCCUCUUCUAUGGCAUCUUCGUCGUGCUCUUCGCCUUUGCAAUAAACCUGCUCAUUGGGCGGCACGCUACUGGGCAAGAGCGGUCGUCCAUCCUCAUCGGCGCCACCUUGGUCAUGCUGGUGAUGGCCAGUGUGCAAAUGUUCUUCCGCUUGGGCGGCGCUUACACAGCAACGGAGCUCCUUUACGUUCGCGUCGCUCAAGGGCAGGGCCGCGCAGUAAACAACGUCCAUGAUCAAAACGUCCUGUGGAACUUUUUGGAGGAUGUUUCGCUGGUGACCAACAAUCUCGUUACAGAUGGGGUUUUGAUCUACCGUUGUUUCCUAAUCUGGGGACGCAACUACUAUGUUAUUGCUGCUCCGAGCAUCAUGUUGCUCCUGACAACGAUCCUGAGCUACCUUUCGGCGGUGCAAGGCGACUAUCCGCAACCCGGUGGCCCCACUGUUGACUUGAGGAUCGGGUUUCUGCUUGGUGUCCUCACCAACCUGGUGCUGGUUGGCUUGACAGCCGGGCGAAUCUUGUUCACCCGACACCGCGCACGACAGUUGGGAAUCCAAGCUGAUGUCGUCCGAAAAUAUAACAAUGCGACCGCGAUGAUCUUGGAGUCUGGUGCUAUCAUAUCGGUGUGGACCGUCAUCUACGUCAUUCUCCGCUCAAUGAAUGUGCCGGACACGGUUUGGCGUGCUUUCCGUGGUGGCCUGCCCCAGCUGCUGAACAUUGUGCCAACGCUCAUCAUUGUUCGCGUGGGCCUGGGGCACGCGAUUGACGCAAGGACAACAACAUCAGGGACAAUGGUCUCAACGUGGAAGACCAAAGGCUCUACUUCUGCUGCUGUAUAA